AUGCACUAUUACCGAUACUCUAAUGCAGAAGUCAGCUGUUGGUACAAAUACCUGCUCUUCAGCUACAACAUUGUCUUCUGGCUGGCUGGGGUGGCCUUCCUUGCGGCUGGUCUGUGGGCAUGGAGUGAAAAGGGUGUAUUGUCUGAUCUGACGAAGGUGACUGGUCUUCAUGGUCUGGACCCAGUGGUGCUUGUCUUAGUGGUGGGAAUAGUGAUGUUUACUUUGGGGUUUGCUGGUUGUGUAGGAGCACUGAGAGAAAACAUCUGCCUCCUGAAGUUUUUCUGUGGAGCAAUUGUGUUUAUAUUUCUGCUCGAGCUGGCAGCAGCAGUUCUGGCUUUCCUGUUCCAGGACUGGGUGAGAGACAAGGUCAAGGAAUUCUUUGAGAAUAACAUUAAAUCCUACCGAGACGAUAUUGACCUCCAGAACCUCAUUGAUUCGCUACAGAAAAUCAACCAUUGCUGUGGUGCCCAAGGUCCAGAUGACUGGGACUUUAACAUAUACUUUGACUGCAGGAGUGAGAGCAAAAGUCGGGAGAAGUGUGGUGUUCCUUUUUCCUGUUGUAUACCUGAUCCUGCCCAAAAAGUUGUGAAUACACAGUGUGGCUAUGAUGUCAGAAAGAAGAACAAGAGUCAAUGGGAUGACCAGAUUUUUGUCAAAGGAUGUAUUCUUGCUCUUGAAGCUUGGUUACCCCGAAAUAUCUAUAUUGUUGCAGGUGUCUUCAUAGCUAUCUCACUGCUCCAGAUUUUUGGGAUUUUCCUUGCCAGGACGUUGAUUUCUGAUAUUGAAGCUGUAAAGGCAAGUAAUGCCUUCUGAAUAUAAAAGCAGAAACGUGUUGCAAAAAAGUAUAUUUUACGGUUAUUGGUUGGACACCAAGGUGGAAGAAAUGCACAGACCAUGAAAUACUCCUCUUAUUGAAAGCCUUAUGUGGAUUUUACCCUGCUCAUGCUUUUUGUUAAAGCUGGUACAAAAAAAAAAAUCUCUGAACAGACACCUGUCUACCUUUUUCUAACGAGACAAGUCAGUGCACCAGCAUUGAUCUGAGGAAGAAAUGGAAUUUCCCAAGACAUUGGCAGAAC